GCCCGGGGCUCGGGGCGCUCGGGGCGCUCGGGGCUCGGCCAUGGAGUUCCCUUUCGACCUGGCGCCGGUGCUGGGGCCCGAGCGCUUCUGCGUGGUGGAUCAGCACCUGCGGCCCGCGGGGCGCGGCGGCGGCGGCGGCGCCGAGCGGGGGAAUGUGGGGGGUCCAGGGGGAAUUUGGGGGUCAUGGGGGGUCCCGUGUCCCCCCAGGCAGGCCCAGGGCCUCUGCACGCCCGUGACCAGCGCGGCGCGGAUGGAGAGCAACAGGCACGUGCUGUACCUGCUGAGGGACACCCGCCCCAACAGGCACGUGCUGUACAUGCUGAGGNNNNUUUGGGAAUUUUGGGAAUUGCAGGACCAGGACGGGGCCCACGUGGAGGUGGAGCCCCUCUGUGUCCUGGAUUUUUACGUCCACGAGUCGCAGCAGCGCCGGGGGCUGGGCCGGGAGCUCUUCCGGGAGAUGCUGCAGCGCGAGCGCCUGCCCCCCCAGCGCCUGGCCGUGGACCGGCCCUCGCCCAAGCUGCUCGGCUUCCUGGACAAGCACUUCGGGCUCUGCCAGCCCAUCCCACAGGUGAACAAUUUUGUCAUUUUUGAGGGAUUUUUCUCCACCAGAACAGCCCCCGCCCGGCGCCCGUUCCCGCGGCCGCGCCCCGAGGAGCCGAUCAAACCGUACUCGCUGAGCGAGCGCCACUUCCUGCACGAGGAGCCGGAGCCGCCGUGGCCGUUGGGCGCGGCGCGGCGCUCCCCGGUGCGCGGCAGCCUCCGGCCCUUCCUGCCCCGCCGCCGCGGCACCCCCGAGCCGCCGCCGCAGCCCGAGCCGCCGCCGCGCCGCGCCAGGGCCUGGAGCCGCCCCCGGGGCUGGCCCUGCUGCCCGCCCCGCGCUGCCCCCCGGCCCGGGGGCUGGAGGGGCUCGGGGGCCCGGUGA